CACUGUGGUCUAUAAACACUCGAUCUUUAUAGUAUUAUUUGUGAAUAUGGUUGUAAGGUGUAAGCACUAAGAUUAGAAGAGAUUAGAGAAGUCAAAUAGAAGUACAUGUUAUGACAUUGUAUGUGACAUGUGUAAUGUAGUGUUUCUGACAUGUGAAUCUUAGAAACAGCGAGUGAUUAGACUGACUAUUGUAUAAAUUACAAUGGUGUUGUAAUUUACACUCAGUUGUAUUCUUUUACAUACUAACUUUCGCCAUUGCGGCUGACUUAGUUAAUUGAUAUUUUAACAAUACUUAAAUUAAAGCUUAUGUUUUUUAAAAAUAUUCAAAAAAAUAUGUCGUUAUCAUACCUGCCCUUUUAUUUAAAAGGUGAAGUUGUAAAAGGUUUCGGAAGAGGAUCAAAGGAUUUAGGCUGUCCAACAGCUAAUUAUCCAAGAGACAUAGCAAAAUUAUUACCACAAGAUGUAAAGCCAGGUGUAUACUAUGGAUGGGCGAAGGUAGACUCAGAACCAGUUCAAAAGAUGGUAGUAAAUAUUGGAUGGUGUCCCUUCUAUCAGAAUAAGGAGCUGUCCAUUGAAACCCAUGUAAUACAUGACUUCGGAAGAGACUUCUAUGGUUCUACCUUAAAAAUAUGUAUCGUUGGAUAUUUAAGACCCGAAAAAAACUUUAAAUCCUUAGACGAAUUAAUAGCAGCCAUUGAACAAGAUAUAGAAAAUGCUCGAGCAGUUCUUGACCUGCCUGACUCAAUCAAGUUAAAAGAUGAAACAUUUUUUUCUGAUCAAUGAUUAAAACUGUGUCAUAUUUUUUUUACGUUUUGUAGCACAAUUUUGUUACUUUAACUGUUUUACCUAGUAAAUCUGUUAACUUGUAGUAAACCAAACAUUUACAUUGUUUUAUUUGUUAUUGACAUUGUUCAACAGUUUAUAUAAUCAGUAUCUUUAAAGAUAAUAUAAAAUAUAUAUGUUAUACAUUUAGGGUAUUGCAAUAAAUGAUAAAUUGCCCACAAGGAAUUCCAAUAUGUGAUAUUUUUGUAUGCUGUAUUGUAAAUAAAUGAUAUAUUUAUUA